AUGCCGUCCAUGCGCAUCCGCACCCCGUUUGCGGGUAAGCCACUACCCAAUUCCACCAACAUCAUCUAGAUCUACCACCGAGAUCAUACACAGCUAAUGUUUGAGCCUCACAGCUUCGUUCGGAGUCCUGCUCUUCGCCUCGGCCUACCUGGGGCUCACCACCGAGAAGAUCCCCAGCUAUGGCCAGAGUGACAAGGGAUUGCAUUUCGUCAGCUUCUUCUUGCUCACCGUAGGUAUCACUCAAGCUAGGCAACCGCCAAAGCUAUCCCCUCAAAUACGACCACGAAAAUGUACUGAGAGCUCAUUUGGAUCUAGUUGACCUUCUACUGGAUCCUUGAAACCUCUCGUCGCCGCGUGAUACACCUCACUCUCCUGUUCUGCACCGCGGGCCUUGCAAUAGGAAGCGAAGUAGCCCAAGCACUCCUCCCCAACGGCCGCGACUUCGACCCUUUUGAUAUCCUUGCCAACGUCGUUGGAUCAACAUGUGCCCUACUGCUUUCUUCCUGGUACCACAAGCGCAUGCUGGAACGCAGACGGAAGAACAAACACUACGAUAUCGUUGCCGGAGAUGAAGAAGGAGAGGUCGAUCCAGAGAGAGACGUAGAGCUCGGCGAAGGUGUAGGCCUCGGAAACCAGGAGACGGGUAGUGUGCCGGCGGAUACGAAUGGACAGGCUAGCGCGGGAGCCAAGAGUACCAACGUCACCGAAGAACUGGAUAACUGGGAUGAGAACGAUGAAGACUGGGAGGAAGAAGGUGCUGAGGCGGCGAAGGUUGUUGCGGGUGUGAGUGGUGAGGAAGAGGCAGAUUCGAAGAAGCGAACGGAUUAA